UUUUCGCGUCAUAAAUCGCGCGUCGAGUUUUGCAUCUGUCCCUUCCCGGUAAUUGGUGGUCCCUCCACGCAGCUGGACCUAAAGAGGGGAUGUCUCUGCGCUGCGGGGAAGCCGCCCGUACCCUGGGGCCUCGGGUAUUUGGAAGAUAUUUAUACAGCCCAGUCAGAUCAUUAAGUUCCUUACAAGAUGAAAAAAAGGAAUUUUUACAGAAUGGACCAGACCUUCAAGAUUUUAUAUCUGGUGAUCUUGCAGACAAAAGUACCUGGGUUGAAUAUAAAGGAAACUUAAAACGCCAGAAAGGAGAAAGGUUAAGACUACCUCCUUGGCUAAAGACAGAGAUUCCCAUGGGGAAAAAUUACAACAAACUGAAAAAUACAUUGCGGAAUUUAAAUCUCCAUACAGUGUGUGAGGAAGCACGAUGUCCCAAUAUUGGAGAAUGUUGGGGAGGUGGAGAAUAUGCCACUGCCACAGCCACAAUCAUGUUGAUGGGUGACACCUGUACAAGAGGUUGCAGAUUUUGUUCUGUUAAGACUGCAAGAAAUCCACCUCCACUGGAUGCUGAUGAGCCCUACAAUACGGCAAAGGCAAUCGCAGAAUGGGGUCUGGAUUACGUUGUCUUGACAUCUGUGGAUCGAGAUGAUAUGCCUGAUGGGGGAGCUGAGCACAUUGCAAAGACUGUAUCAUACUUAAAGGAAAGGAAUCCGAAAAUUCUUGUGGAAUGCCUUACUCCUGACUUCCGAGGAGAUCUGAAAGCAGUAGAAAAAGUUGCUCUGUCAGGAUUAGAUGUGUAUGCACACAAUGUAGAAACAGUUCCAGAGUUACAGAGGAAAGUUCGCGAUCCCCGAGCCAAUUUUGACCAGUCUCUGAGCGUACUAAAACAUGCAAAAGAGGUUCAGCCUUAUGUUAUUUCCAAAACAUCAAUAAUGUUGGGUUUAGGUGAGAAUGAUGAACAAGUAUAUGCAACAAUGAAAGCACUUCGUGAAGCUGAUGUGGACUGUCUAACUUUAGGACAAUAUAUGCAACCAACAAAGCGCCACCUUAAGGUUGAAGAAUAUAUUACUCCUGAAAAAUUCAAAUACUGGGAAAAAGUAGGGAAUGAACUUGGAUUUCAUUAUACUGCAAGUGGCCCUUUGGUGCGUUCUUCAUAUAAAGCAGGUGAAUUCUUCCUGAAAAAUCUCGUUGCUAAGAGAAAAACAAAAGCCCUUUGACACUUAGAUAAGACCUUCAAGAAAUAUUAAGAAUUUGCUUCUUGUUACCAGAGGUGGGGCCAGAAUGCAUAGGUUUCAAUGGAUGUACCCAACUUUUGUUUUAAGAAAAGUUUCAGUAAGCUGUACAUAUUAAUUACAGCAGUUCAUUUGACUUUUAGCAUUUUCCUUGUCCUAAUAAAUAA